AUGCCUCGUUUGCCCGACAAUGGAACCUGUGACGGUGCAACAGCGCUACCGAGCUUGGCGCCUCCGACUGAGCUUCUUGCAGCCCUCAAUCCGUCCAACGGUGUGGCUCUUCAAGCGGGACAACUCCUGACUCAAGACACAAGCUCAGCGUGUUCCACCGCCAACCCGAUAGACCCACCUGGGGCUGUAGCCCAAUCUCUUACUUCGGGAAGGCUGAAUCUCGUAGUAGCCUCGGGGUCGCAAUCUGUGCAAGUGCGAACGCCACUAGUCCAGGCAACAUCGGUUGUGCAGCCUGUGGUGCAAGCAAGACAGCCGCCUCUGUUCUCUACUAUGGAGCUGCUACCAACAUUGCCAGCUCAUUCGACUCCACCGUUCACCAUGGCGAACCCAGCGGCAACAGUUGACCCAAUAGAGCUGGUCAUGUUGGCGAUGGCGCCGCUGCCGCACCGGCCGACUACAGUGACGUCGUUAUCGCCCACGGUCCAGCCAACUGUGAAAAGCGAUCAAAAAUCGAUAUCGCCUCGGCCGAUGCGCUCCCCAUCGAUGGUUGCGGGAUUCUAUUACACCGGGCAAGCCCCCGGCUGGGUAGCUUCCCAUCAACCGCCACCAUCUCGUCCAGCCUUGCCAGGGUCGUUAUUGCCGCCAGCGGAGUAUCAACCACUCUCCACUCAGUCGAUCUAG